AAGUCUCAUUCUGUACCAGUCUUUUUAUUUUUUUUAAUAGUGUUAUAAUGGAAAUUAAUUUCAAAGUUUCAGCUGUAAAUUGUUCACCUUUUACUGAAAAAAAGCCACUUGUAUAUCAGGUAAUUCUGAUGCAAGAAGCCCAUUUAAAUUCAAAGAAUUCAUUUAAACUUGCAUUGACUCCUGUGAUAAAACUGGACAUCUUACAAUAUUUUAGCCCUUGCAAUUCCCCUCGCGUAGUUUUUGCUGCAGACCAUAUUUCGAGAUUACUCUGGACUUUUCUCCUCCUAACGGAUCAUGCAGGCAUCCAUCCUCCCCGUUUUUGCUGUGGUACAGUCGCAGCUUUUUCUCUAUGGCGCAGCUUCACCUGGAUGCUGCUAGAAUGUCCCGUCGCGGGUGAGGGAGGGGUAUCUGCACGAGUCUUAACUGCGUUAUUUUGGAAUUACAUCACAACAUCGUCAGAGAGUGUUUGAGCUGGCAAGAAGAGCACCAUCUGUCCGACGUCUUUUCUCACAGUUUAGCUAAACUCCGCAAGAACUGCGACCAUCAAGAAAGCCGACACCAGAGCCCCAUUGACCGGUUGGCAUACAGAACAAGAUAACCUACUGCGAGACGACAGACAGACACCAUGACACAGGGCAAGCUGUCACUUGCAAACAAGGCCACCGAUGGCUCCCCCAGUGGACAAGUUUUAGUGUCACCAACUCCUCCCAGCUAUGAGGAAGCCACUGCAGGCACCAGUGCUCCUUGCUACAGUGAUGGUGACAUGCUGACAGAGUUCACCUGGGAUGAUCGCAACAUCAGGAGGGUCUUCAUCCGUAAGGUGUACGCCAUCUUGAUGAUCCAGCUUUUGGUCACUCUCGCUAUUGUGUCUCUUUUCACAUUCUGUGACCCUGUGAAGGACUACAUUAAAACCAACCCUGGGUGGUACUGGGCCUCUUACGCUGUGUUCUUUGUCACAUAUCUGACCCUGUCUUGCUGCUCUGCACCAAGGAGACAGUUUCCAUGGAAUCUGAUUCUGCUAGGUAUCUUUACCCUCUCGCUGUCCUACAUGACAGGGAUGUUGUCCAGCUUCUACAACACAAAGUCAGUGGUGAUGUGUCUGGGCAUCACAGCAGCAGUCUGUCUCCUAGUCACAAUCUUCAGCUUCCAAACUAAGUUUGAUGUGACAUCAUACCAAGGUGUGCUCUUUGUGUUCUGCAUGGUCAUGUUCAUCUCUGGACUGGUGUUGACGCUCGUCCUUCCCUUUCAAUAUGUACCCUGGUUGGAUGCCACCUAUGCUGCCUUGGGAGCCAUACUGUUUACCAUGUUUUUGGCAUUUGACACGCAGCUCCUCAUGGGAAACAAACGCUACGCCAUGAGUCCAGAGGAGUACGUCUUCGCCACUCUCAACCUCUACCUAGAUAUCAUCUAUAUCUUCUCCUUCUUCCUCCAAAUCUUUGGAACAAAACGAGAAUAAACUAUCGCUCCACCUUUCUUUUCUAAAGACAAGGGAUACACCAGUAUGGGAAUUAAGGCACACAUACGAUAAGAGUAUUUUAAAAUUUUAGUGAUUGUGAUGACAAUGCUUCCAAUUGUAACAGCUUUGUUUUUUUGCCUGAUACUGAUGAAUACUUAUACCAUUGUACAGCUGUACAUUUACAUCGACAUACAUCAGUAUUCACAUCCAAAAUUUCACUAACUUUUUCCCGCUCUCUAGCAUGUUGUCAAUCCACACCACGUUAUGUGGCGAUCUUCCUCCAUUUAAUGUAGAACAUACUGUGACUGUUCAUCUGAAGCUGUAUGGGUAUUUUCAUGUCCAUGCCUAUCUAGAUAUCACAUAUCUACUACAAACAAUAGAUGUCAGUGCUCUUUAAGAUGUAUUUGAUUAUAUAAUACAUUAUGCAUGACUGAAAAGAGCCCAAACAGUGCUAAGUAUAGUCAUCCUAUCACUGGACUAUUUUUGUGGGUGUUGAUUUAGUGACUGAAAGCAUACAUACACAUACAAAAAAAAAAAAAAACUUAAAAGACUUACAGACUUUUCGUGUGUUUUCACUCAUAUACACUGUUGUCUGAAUACUGUGAAUUACAAGAAACAGAAUUAUUAUAGUUUUUGGUCUUAAUAUGAUAUAAACUUAUUCAAUCCUUUUGAAGAGGUGACAUGACAGUUGAAUAUAAAUAUAACAGUGCCAUAAAUGCAUGGAUUUACUCUUAACUUUUGACAAGGCCUACUAUAUUUGUGAAAGAUAUGUCACAUUACAUUUGAAGUUUAUUUUUUUUACGACAGAAUGAUAUAUUUUAGAAAGUGUGUGACAUAAAGUGAUGAGUUUGAAGCUUGAAAUGAAUUUUUAGGUCUUCUAAAGUGUACUUGGAUUACCCUUAUUUGACAAUAUUGAUGCAGUAUAGGCUAUUGUUUUAAGAGCACCCUGCAUUUCACUGUAGCAUUGGUGUUUCUGUAUUAAUUUAUUAAAUUGUGAAUGUGUAUUAAUACACUCGUUGGUUCUCUCUGAUUAAAUAAAUAAUGUGCUUCAACA